AAUGAUUUACCAUUCGAGAUUCAGAAGCUGCGCUGUAGAGUUAAUUUUCAUUCUCUGAGAUUCACUGCCCGGAUAGAGGAAAUGGGUCGAAAACUUGUGAGGAUUCUGAGGCAAAAUGGUCCUUUCUUGGUCCUCCAUCUUAGAUAUGAAAUGGACAUGCUAUCGUUUUCUGGUUGCACUCGAGGGUGCAGCAACGAGGAGGUGGAUGAACUGACGAGAAUGAGACACGCUAAUCCUUGGUGGAAGGAAAAAGCCAUAGAUUCUGAACUCAAAAGAAGAGAAGGUUUAUGCCCUUUGACACCUGAAGAAGCUGCUUUAGUACUAACUGCACUCGGUAUCGAUCAUAACGUUCAAAUAUACAUAGCUGCUGGUGAAAUUUACAGCCAAGAGAGGAGAUUGAGACCUUUGGCAGCAGCAUUUCGGAAUCUAGUCAGAAAGGAGAAAUUGCUAGAGCCUUCGGAGUUGCAGUUCUUCCAGAACCACUCAUCUCAGAUGGCAGCUCUCGAUUAUCUCAUCUCGUUGGAGAGUGAUAUCUUUGUUCCCACAUAUGAUGGGAAUAUGGCUAAAGUUGUUGAAGGACACCGCAGAUAUCUAGGUUUCAAGAAGACCAUUCUACUGGACAGAAAAGUUUUGGUCGAUUUGAUCGAUCAAUACGAAAAUGGAUCAUUGAGCUGGGACGAGUUUUCAUCGACUAUAAAGGAAGUUCAUGCAAAUCGUACGGGGUGUCCGACGAGUCGAGUUGUGAUUUCAGCUAAACCAAAGGUAGAAGAUUACUUUUACUCCAACCCACAAGAAUGUUUGUAGCCAAUGGAUGAAGCACCGAGAAGUUGGUGAUUCUUACAAUGUUCCUUUGAACAUAUAUAACUCAUGUAUGCAUAUUCUUACUUGUACAGCUUUAAAUCAAAAACUAAGAAUGAUACAGAUCUUUGAAAAGCAAUUAAGAAUUCUCAGGAAGUCCAAGCAAACUUGCACGUGACACUUUUGCGUAGCUGAGACUUUAUGUAACUAUUCACUACUAACGGUCAACGGAGAUGAUAAAGAUUGGCCUGUAUGGUAGUAAUCUUACUGUCA